AUGUACUCUCUGACUAUCCCAGCGCUCGGGGUCCUCGCUAUCAUCGUGCUAUACGUGUGGCCGGGUGUGGCUUCCACGGGAAGUAAAGCAAGAAGGAAACUUCCUCCUGGACCACCUCGCCUUCCGUUCGUCGGGAGUCUUUUUCAUCUGCCGAAAGGCCAUGACUGGUUAGUGUAUGAACAGUGGGGGAAGAAGUAUGGCGGCGACCUCGUUCAUAUAGAUGUUCUAGGUUCAAAUAUCUUCGUCGUGAACUCAGCGAAAGCUGCCAAUGAGCUAUUCGAGAAGAGGUCCUCGAAAUAUUCAGAUCGUCCCUCGUUAACAGCGUUGACGCAACUUCUCGGGUUCGAUUGGACACUGGUGUUUUGUCCUUAUGGAGACAGAUUCAGAGCGUUCAGGAAAGGAUUCCAUACAUAUCUCUCCCCUGAUGCAGUCAAAGAUUAUCGCCACAUAGAACGCAAAUCAAUUCAUCGACUCCUUUGUAAUCUCGCAGAAAAGCCGGAAGAAUUUACGGGGCAUCUCAGGCAUAUGGCAGGCGCUAUCAUACUUGCUAUUGCGUUCGGUAUCGACGUCAAGGCAGAGAAUGACCCCCAUGUCGAGACGGCUGAGAAAGGUUUGCAGACGGUUACAGCUGGGAGCACGACUAGAGCGGCUAUGUAUGAUUUCUUUCCGAUAUUGAUGCGAAUUCCAUCAUGGAUUCCGGGAGCUGGGUUCAAAAAGGAGGCGAAUUCGUUGCGUCGCUUUCCAAGGGCUAUGUUGGAGGACCCAAUGCAAGCCACGAGGGAGGCCAUGGCUGAGGGCAGGGCUACCUCUUCGGUGGCGUCUGCAAUGUUGGCUAAGCUGGAGAGUCAAUCAACUCUAAAAUCAGAGAUUGACGUGGAAACCGUUUGCGCCCUGCAAAUAUUUUUCUUGGCCAUGACAACUCAUCCGGAGAUCCAGAGGCAAGCGCAGAGCGAGAUUGAUGCUAUCAUUGGUCAGGACAGACUUCCUGACUGGGAUGACGAGACAUCGCUGCCAUAUGUGGGAGCUUUGGUUAAGGAGGUACUGAGGUGGCGUAUUGUAACACCGUUGGGCGUCUACCAUCGUCUAAUUGAGGACGAUGUCUACGGUGAAUACUUCCUACCGGCCGGCUCUACAGUCGUCGGAAACAUAUGGGCUAUCACGCACGACGAAGCUGUGUAUCCUGAUCCUAUGAGCUUCAAGCCUGAAAGGUUCCUCGAAUCAACCGUUGACUUCCCAGAGAUGGUGUUUGGGUUCGGCCGUAGAAUUUGUCCCGGGAGGCAUCUAGCACUUGAGUCUCUCUGGCUGGGUGUGGCGUCCAUUCUGGCCACUUAUGAUAUUUCGAAGGCCGUCGAUGAAAAUGGAAGGGAGAUAGAGCCUGUGGAUGAUUGUGUGUCUGGUAUUGUUGCGUACCCGUUACCCUUCAAGUGCAGCAUUCAACCGAGAUCGGCUGUCACUGAAAGGUUGGCGGUUGCUCCACUCGUUUGGAAUAACUGA